CUGCGGAGGGCGGCCGAGGCCACCGGGCCCACCUGGGUCAAGCUGGGCCAGUGGGCCAGCACCCGGAGGGACCUAUUCUCCCAGGCCUUUUGCGACGAGUUUUCCAAGCUGCACGUCGAGGUGAGCCCACACCCGUGGGGCCACACCGACCAGCUCCUGAGGAAGGCCUUCGGCGAGGACUGGACAGGCAUCCUCAAGUUCCAGAGCUGGGAGCCGGCUGGCUCGGGCUGUGUCGCCCGGGUGUAUAAAGCCUACGCUGACCUGACGGCUAUCACCGGCUCCCUGGCCGAGGAGCUGGCACCACGCUUGGAGCUGCGCUCCACUUUCAAAGCGUGGGAAAUGUCGGGUUAUAGAGGCCUCCUCGGGUGGCUGAGGAGGAGAAAGAGCGAGCAGAUGCGGGACGAGAGGAGCAGAGAGGAGCCGAGCCCAGCAGAUAGCCCCCAGAGAAGUGCUGGGAGUGGGACUUUCCUUAGGGAGCAGGCGGCCAAACUGCUCGUGAGUGCACAUCCUUCAUCAGCCAGACAUCUCACGCCUGUAGCCAUUAAAGUCCUGCACCCUGGGCUAGUCCACCAAGUCCAGAUGGAUCUGUUCCUCAUGAAGAUGGAUAGCCACAUCAUUGGACUUCUCCCCGGAUUCAAGUGGCUCAGUUUGACAGAGGUCAUGGAGGAGUUUGAGAAGCUUAUGAUUCAGCAGAUUGACUUGCUCUACGAAGCCAGAAAUCUGGAGCGCUUCCGACAAAAUUUCCUCGAUAUCGAUUUUGUGAGGUUCCCAACUCCCCUUUGCCCUUUGGUAACGACAGAUGUUCUGGUGGAAACAUUUGAGGAGAGUGAGCCUAUUUCGCACUACCUGCAUGCGGAGAUUGCCACAGAGCUGAGGCAGAGACUUGCCAAGAUGGGCAUGGACAUGCUGCUAAAGAUGGUCUUCGUUGACAACUUUGUCCAUGCUGACCUGCACCCUGGGAACAUCCUGGUUGAAGGCAUGGCCCAUGUCAGCACCAGCUGCAAGGAGCAGACAGCCAUCGUGGACCUGUGCGACACGCUUGUGGUGGAAGUGCGAGCUCCCCUCGGGCGGCUCUGCCUGGUGCUGCUGGAUGCAGGGAUCGUGGCGGAGCUGCAGGGCGCUGACCUGCAGAACUUCCAGGUGGUUUUCACAGCGGUGGUCCAGGACCAGGGGGAGAUAGUGGCAGAACUGAUCCUUCACCACGCCUGUGCUAACCAGUGCCAGGAUAUUGAGUGAUUCAAAGCUGAGAUGGUGGAACUAGUGACCAAGGUUUGGAGGAACACCAUUGCCCUAGGAAAGCUUCAGGUGGCAAAUCUACUCUCCAAUGUCUUUAAACUAUUGAUGACCCAUCAGGUGAAGCUCGAAAGCAAUUUUGCUUCCAUCAUCUUUGCCAUCAUGGUUCUGGAAGGUCUCGGUCGUUCGCUGGACCCUGAAGUGGACAUCCUAGAGGCAGCCAAACCACUGCUCAUCAAAACUGCAGCUUCUGUCCUUCAAUAG